CAAAAAAGAAGCAUUGAAAUUGCCCAUAUAUUAAGCUUCUUUCAACUCAAGAGGUGCAAAGUGUACUAUUAUUGUGCUGGGACAGAGGUAGUAGUAUUUUAUAUCAAAAUUCCUACUACUAGUACUACUAGUGUAAUUUGUAAGUAAGAAGCAAGAAGUUGGUGUAAGUUGCUGAUACAUAGGACUCUGAAAAGAAUUCUUGCCCAAUUGAUCUGAGACUUUCAGGUCCCCUUGUUCUUGUAAAAAUGAAGUUAUUAUGGUGUAUGUGUGGGAGGGAAGUGUCCCUACUAAUAGCUCUGUUUGGAGGGUGAGACAAAGCUUCUGUAUUGAACCCAUAACCGAUUCCGGAUUCGUGCCACGCAAUUGCCCUUCUACCUCGUACUUGUACUGUACUCCUCGUACGAGGACUUCAGCUGAUUCCGAUAUUGGGGCGAUGUAGAGGAGGUACAGAGCCUUCGUGAAGAAUACUACCAGCCGGACACGUGGAACUUCUGGUUUCGUCCGUUCCCUACUUUCCCAGAUUUCUGUCAAAAAUAUCUUAUUUAUGUCAAGGAACUGUACCGUGCCGUAGGGUAGUACGUACGGUAAAGUACCGUAAGGUAUGGAUCACGUUCGACGACAUCCGAUCACGAAAAAAAUACCUAGCUAGGGAUGUAAAAUGAAUUGGUAGUUAGUGGUCGUCGAGGUAGAACAUUUCAAACCUUAUCCAGUGAGAAUCCUACCGUGAAAUGGACAACGGAUCUGUCUUUUCGAAUCGGCAAUACAUUAAAACCCCUGUAUUUUGUCUGCCCGUCGCUGUGUUUUCGGUACAAUACCUAUCAGUAUUUCUAUACUUCACCAAAGAACAACGAAAGCCGUCCAACCUACCAUAAUAUUAUUCAUUCAUGUGGGCCUCGGCGACUUUUUUCAAAGUGGUUGCGCUUGCCGUUCUCUUUGACGGCGCUCUGUCGUCGGCUGUGACAGCACCCGUCUCAGCAACUCCGGUAGCGGUCGAUACCGAUGGUUCUGGCGGCGGUAAUUUCGUUGUGCAGAUGUUUGGCUACGUCAAAGAUUCCUUGGUAAGGACGGUCGAUGGCACAAAAGAAAUGUGGGCCAACCACGGCCGGUGCAAACAAAUCCGCGUCAAGCAGAAAGAGUACCGUGAAAAACUUCAGAAACAAUGGGAAUUCGAGGAAAAGGGCCUGACACCGAAGGAAAUGAGGCAACGACUUUCCAAGGUCAACGGCGGAAUAACAUACGAUGAAUUCGUCUUUCUCGUCAAGGGAAAAGAAGAUCGUGGGAAACUCAUGAACAUGGUCUUUCUGAUGUGGGGUGCACCCCGAUUCUUUCCGUACGCACUUAUGUUUUACCCCGAGAUCCUUCCAGGACCCUUCGCACCUCUUCCGGACGCUUCCGGGAAAGAGUCAAAGCUACAGAAAUUGUCGCGGGAACGAACACACGCCGUCAUUCGAACGAUGCUUGCAAUUGAGACCGAGGCGCGGUCGGUACCAGCCCUGGCCAAGCUCAAUAUUUUCGGAAAGAAGAAACAAGCUCGACAAAUGGACAACAUGGACUCGCUGGGCAAGACAAUAAGUCAAAUUAUGGUGACUCCCGGAGGUGGAGCACUUGCUAUGAAUACAAUGGAAGAUGUUCUCUAUAGCCCAGGCAAAAUUACACGAGCCCAAGAGCGCUUGGUAAAGGUCCCUAAGUGCAUCACCAACGGUAUCAUGGCAGCUAUUGAUGGGCCAAAUGCAUUCCAAUCGUUCAUGCCACAGUUUAUGAAACGUGGGCAGAUCCUGAACCAUAUCCAGAAACUUAACGACAUUGAUAACUUUUUGAUCGACGAAGGAGUUGAUUUGGAUAGCUUGUCGACAGCUCGGUUGUUAGAAGCGUGUAGCGACCGCAUGAUUGGCGGACCGGGACAAAACGAUGAAGAAAUGCGGGAACACCUCAAAAAUUGGCUAAACCUGGGGGUGAUUCAACCGGCACAGCGUUGUAAAGAGACCGGGGAAUUUUUUAAUUACAAUCUUGCAAAGAUGGCUCUCAUGGGCUUCUAUUGUGUGAGUGGAGCACGCGAUGAUAGGUCUGCGUCGUACCUUUCGCGUUCGAUGUACUUAGGUCAAGCGAAACUUGAGUGAAGGGAGGAUGUUUGCCGCGAGCAAAACCGUGUUUGUAGGUACAGGAUAAUUAGAAAUAAUUAGCUCGAUUUGGA